UUGUUUUCAUAAAUACAAUAUGAGGUAUUUGACACAAAUAAUAUUUUUCUGAACAUUCCUCUUUCUUUCUGCAUUCCAUAUGCAUAAAAAAUCAUUAAUGUGCAUUUAUAUUUCUCUUUUAACUCUCAGUAUCAGCUUCUUCUCUCUGAAUCCUCUCCAUGAAAUCUCUUUUUCAUCCCUAGUUCUUCUGUUACGUUAUUAUUGUACAUAUUCUUUAUCAAAUCUCAUCAUUAUAUUCUCAUUUUAAUCUUUUGUAGAUCUGGAAAAAGAAGAAUCAGAGGGAAUAAAAGAAGAAACAAAGAAAACAGAGAAAGAAACAGAAGAGGGGAGAUUAUAUAGAUGAUUUGUGAAUAAAAAAGCGGAUAAAAGAACUAGAGACAGGAAAAAAGUUUCAUGAAAAUGAAAAUGAAAAUGAGAAGAGAAGAACAUGAUGAUUGAAAAAGAAUCUGUAGUAGAUUCAUGAAUAAGAAGAAACUAAAAGAAGAUGAAUAAUGCUCUUAGGACAUUUCCGAUCUCAAUCUAUUUUUUGCACUAAAAUAGAUUUUACCGUAAAAAUAUUUCAAUAGUAUUUUAUUUUUACUUUAUAAUAGAGUAAGAAAUAAAUUUACUCUCUAUAUAGAAUAAUUUUUUUAUAUUUUUGUUCAUAACUCUAUUUUGCAUUAGAGUAUAAUUCAAUUCUAUUAUAAAAUUACUUAAUUUUAUAAUAAAAAAUAAAGUAAACUAUUGAAAAUGGUCUUGUAGAUGCAUAGAUUAAUAACCUGUUUCACAAUUAGAGACUGAAACAUUAAUUAUUAACUGGUCUCUUAAUUAGCGACUAGUUACAUUGAUUGCAUACUAACCGAUUUCAUAAUCAUUGAACCACACAAGUGUUCUAAUGUAUAUACCACACUUUUUUUGGGAUAAAUCAUAUAUUUGCUGAUAUAUACUCUAUUAUCCGUAUUUUCAUUUUGAAAAUGUUAUUGAACUCCACAUGUUGAGAUUAUUGUUGUGUUUUAGUUUUAGGAAUCGUAGUCUACAAUUUGGGUUUAGAAGUUAGGGGUUUUGGGUUUAGUGCUAAGUCUUCAGGGUUUAGAUUUUAAUAUCCAGGAUUUAACAUAGCCUUUAUGGACGCAAACGUCUUUUCUCAGUAACUCUGUAGCGCACUCUCUUCCCUCUCAGUAGAUCACUCCCCGCCUGGAAAAGAUGGAAACUUUCGGAGCCAUGAGCUCGGUUUUGCAGGGUUUUACGAAGUCAUUCUUCAAGAUUGAAUUCUCGGAGGUUGGUGACAAAACGUUUUGCGUUGCAGCUAUUCUGGCAAUGCGUAAUCCGAGGAGACUUGUGUUGGCUGGUUGCGUAUCUGCUUCAAUUGUCACGACUAUCCUCUCUGCUACACUUGGAUGGGCUGCUCCUGAUCUGAUCUCUCGCCAAUGGACGCAUCACAUUACAACUUUGUUGUUUUUUGGUUUUGGGCUGUGGUUUCUUUGGUACGGUUUUAAACAAGGAGGAGGACUUCUUCUUCAUCAGAUUUUGAUGUCAUCAGAGGGUGAAAUUUUGAGGGUUUAUACUUUGUUGGCAGGAGGGGCGCAGAAACACCAUUUCUUGUUCAUUCUAAAACAAAAAAAAAAGAAGCAGAAAAGGCCUUUCUUCACACGAUUCUUCUCUCCAAUUUUUCUCAAGGCGUUUUUGUUUACUUUCUUUGCUGAAUUUGGUGACAAGAGUCUGCGUACUACAAUACGUUUAGCUGCAGAUGAAAAUCCAUUUGGAGUGGUUCUUGGUGGAGUUGUCGCACAGCUAUUCUGCACCACUGUUGCUUUGUUAAGAGUAAAGUUCUUGCCGCCUCAGAUGUUGUCCGAGGAAAAAGUUGAACUUGCUGGUAGAAUGCUUUUCCUUGGCUUUGGUAUCCAAUCGUUUCUUACUUCUGUUGACAUCUUAUUCUUUCUCCCCUCUCUUUAUGGUAUAAAUCUUAAUCCUAAUAUAUCAUCAGUCAUUUUUUUUUUUUAAAUGAUCUUCUAUCUUCGUCUACUGGGUCUGUGAAAAUGCAGGUUUCUAAGCAGAGCUGAAGAUGACGAUGAAGAACGUCAUUAGUUUCUUAGAUUUUUUAGUCAAUUAAAACUAGAUGCUUACUAGCGUCAACUACAAAACAUAUGUGUAAUAUUUUCUUAGUAUAUCUAUCUUGUUUAAAAUCUCAUCAGUUUUUCAUUUUCCUACCUUUUUAGUGUUUUUGACCAUUAGCUUAGCUUUUUUUUGCUAGUGACUUUCAACUAAUAACAGCUCAUCCAUCUUAA